UCCCACUAAUCAUUCUAAUAAGUCUCCCAAGCAAAGUAUCAUUUUCUGCUUUCCACACUAUACACAGCCCUCAAUCUUCUUUCCAAAACACAUCAAUCUUCUUUCCAUUCUCUCUCCAAAAUCACAGCCCCAAUGGUUCACCUCCUCUUCACUCUAUUAAUCCAGGCCUUAAUUCCAGUCCUAGCUCAAAACAACCCCAUCCAUGUCAAAUCCUGCCGAUCGUAUUGCGGAAACAUAACGGUUGACUACCCGUUCGCCCUACAACCCGGGUGCGGGCAUCCGGGUUUUCGGAACCUCUUGUUUUGCAUCAAUGAUUUCCUCAUGUUCCACAUAAGCUCAGGGUCCUAUAGGGUCUUGGACAUAGACUAUGCUUACCAAGCCCUCACAUUACAUGACCCGCAUAUGUCGAACUGCGACUCGAUUGUGCUUGGAAACAGGGGGAAUGGGUUCGUGGUCGAGUCGUGGCGGGCUCCGUAUCUGAACCCGACCCAAGAUAACGCGUUCAUGUUAAUAGGUUGCUCCCCUGAGUCUCCCCUUUUUCAGGGGUUCCCAGGGAAGCACUUGCCCUGUAGGAAUGUUUCUAGUAUGGGCUGUGAGGAGUACUACGGGUGUCCGGCCUGGGAUGUAAUUGGGCCUAAGCGGGUGGGCUCUGUGUACGGAACAGGCCCACCCGAGUGUUGUUCAGUGCCGUUUGAUGCCAUCAGGGCUAUAAAUCUUACUAAGCUCGAGUGCCAAGGGUAUAGCAGUGCAUACAAUCUUGCGCCUAUCCGGGCAGGCGGGCCCGAUGAGUGGGCCUAUGGGAUACGGGUCAAGUAUUCUUUGUCGGGGAGCACGGCUUUUUGUACGGCGUGCGAAGCAACCGCGGGAUCGUGCGGGUAUGACAUUGAUGGUGUGAAUGAGGUUUGCAUCUGUGGGAGCUGGAAUUCUACAUCAAAUUGUGAUUCUGUUCACUCCUCAUCAGGCCAACGAACAUCCUAUUUGGUGGACACAAAAGCAGGGUUCCUGAUCAGUAUGAUCGUUUGGAUGUACUAUAAGAGAUAAUGGCUAAAAUCACUGAAUCAUCUCUCUGUAUGCAGUUUUUUUUUUUUUUUUUUAAAUGCAGUGGUUAGGUAGCAAUAUUAGAUUGUUAUGACUUAGAGGAAAGUUUUAGCUACGAGUGGAGAGUGUUAUAUGUAUUGUAUUACCAUGUCGCUUAUUGUAAUCAGUUGAAUUUUCAUGAUGGAAAGAUACAUUUUGCUUUCUUUC